AUGUCCUCAGGGCUGGAAGCCGCUGGAAGAGACACAGAUGCCCUCAUGGUAAAUGGGAUUCUGGGGCAAUCAGUUACUUUCCCCUUAAAUAUCCAAGAAUCACAGCAAGUUAUCAACAUUGCUUGGACUUCUGAAACAUCUGUUGCUUUUGUAACACCAGGAGACUCAGCACCCAAAGUUACUGUGACCCACAAAAAUUACUAUGAACGAAUAAAUGUCUUAGGUCAGAACUACAGUCUGGUCAUUAGCAACCUGAGGAUGGAAGAUUCGGGAAACUACAAAGCAGACAUAAAUUUACAGAAUGUUUCCUACACCACCACUAAGUGCUACAAACUUCAAGUCUACCGUAAGCUGGGGAAACCAAAAAUUACACAGAGUUUAAUGACAUCUGUGAACAGCACCUGUAAUGUCACACUGACAUGCUCUGUGGAAAAAGAAGAAAAGAAUGUGACAUACAGUUGGAGUCCCCUGGGAGAAGAAGGCAAUGUCCUUCAAAUCUUCCAGACCCCUGUGGACCAGGAGCUGACUUACACGUGUACAGCCCAGAACCCUGUCAGCAACAACUCUGACUCCAUCUCUGCCAAGGAGCUCUGUGCAGACAUUGCAUUGGGUCUCCGUACUCACCACACUGCGCUGCUGAGUGUGCUGGCUGUGCUCUUCCUGCUCGUUCUCAUUCUAUCUUCAGUGUUUUUGUUCCAUUUUUGCAAGAAAGGAAAAGGUUCCUAUUCGAAGACCCUCACUAAGAGCCCUGAUGCUGCCUCAAAUAAAACAAUAUACACAUAUGUCACGGUCUCGAGAGAUGCCCAGCCAGCAGAGUCCAGAAUUUAUGAUGAAAUCCUCCAGUCCAAGGUGCUCCCCUCCAAGGAAGAGCCACUGAACUCAAUUUAUUCCACAGUGCAGUACUCUGAUAAGAUUGGGAAACCCAGCACACAGAACAGCAAACCUCCCAGUACUUCAAGCUAUGAAAUUGUGAUAUAG